UAUAUUUAAUUGUUUUCGAAUCAAUAUAUGCGUAUUCUAUAUCUAUGCGUUAAAUCUUUUGAUAGCUAGCUAUUUGUGACGAUGGAUGAAUCCCAAGCGGGACAUAACCAUGAACGCAACAAAACUAAAACAAGUUUUACAAAGUCGCGCUCAGCAAAGUCUGGGUGGGUAACCAGCGACCAAAAAUUGACGGGUAAAACUGUUGUAAUAACUGGAGCAAAUACCGGAAUUGGGUUGGAAACAGCAGUGGACAUGGCUGAACGUGACGCCAAACUGAUCAUAGCUUGCCGAGAUCCACGGAGAGGAGAAUCCGCACUCAAACACAUAGUCGCCGAGACGGGGUCACAACGUGUACGUUUUUCCUUAUUAGAUUUGUCGUCGUUUUCCUCCGUUAGACAAUUUGUCGAAAAUUUCAAAAACGAAGAGCAACGCUUAGACAUUCUCAUUAAUAAUGCAGGAAUUAUGAUGUGCCCUCAGUCUACUACGCAAGACGGGUUUGAGACGCAUUUUGGAGUGAAUCACCUUGGCCACUUCCUACUAACCUACUUACUGCUCGACUUAAUCAAGGCAAGCGCACCAAGCCGCAUAAUUACAUUAUCGUCUGUAAUGCACAGACGUCUGUACAACGCUCACAUUCAUUGGAAUGAUUUAAAUUUGAAAAAGUCAUAUAACGCAAGAGAUGCAUACAGUCAAAGUAAAUUGAUGAAUGUCUUAUUUUCAAGAGAACUUGCAAAAAGACUGGAAGGGACUGGAGUAACAACAUAUUGCGUGCAUCCAGGCCUAGUAAACACAAAAUUGGUGAAAUACGCUGGAACUCACGGAAACUGUUGGGACACUCUAUUUGGAUGCGUUACGAAGUCAACAAAAGGUUUUUGGAAGACUCCGAGACACGGAGCACAAACUACUAUUUAUUGUGCAAUCGCCCCAGAAUUGGAGAAUGAAACAGGGAAAUAUUACAGUGAAUGCAAGAAAGCAAGAGAAGCAUCAUCAGGGAGAGAUGAUGGAGCAGCAUGUAAACUAUGGGAAAUCAGCAUGAACCUAGUGGAACAAAAUUAGCAAUAAUUAUUUUCUGCUCCUCUGAGAUAAUUCUCUUCAAAAAUAAGAAGAUAUAAAUUAUUUUACCAUUCCUUUGUGGAGUUAAAUUCUGUAAAACUGGGAUGCCGAUCAGUUUUCCCUAUCCGCUUAUAGAGUACGAAAAAGAAACGUCGCGAUGUUUUCCUCAAUCUCCUUAAACUCGGUAAAAAGGAUUUCGGACGUGACGCUAUGACAUAUUCAAAACAAAGAAUCCGCCUUUCCAUCAGCACAAGGGGUAAUUAAAGAUUGCACCAUACCAAAAUGUCUUCAAAUAUCAAAAAACUUAUGGAAGAUCACCAAGCUGAUCCAUCUUAUCAGAAAAACACGAUGUAUAUACUAUGAUUUAAUUAAUUUUCUUUGCAACUUUAUGUUUUUUUUCGCGUGGACGGGCGG